AUGGGGUGGUGGGACCCGUACGCCUGCGUCCCUUUGGGGCAGGAGGUCUAUGGGGUGGGGGUGAUGGCACCCGGAAACCUGGGUCCCUUUGAGAAGAGGGAAGGAAGUGGGCUCGACUGGCUUCGAGCGGAGGAGGAGGUUGGCAACCCGGACGCCUGCGUCCCCGCGGUGUCUCGGAGGGGUCUGGGCGCUGCCAACAUGUGGCUCUUCGUCUUCCUCCUCCUCAUCCCGGGUUCCGCGUCCACCUGCCGUGACCCGGUGACGGCUCCGAAGGAGUUGGCGGCCGCGUUGGGUUCCUGCCUCUACAUCUCCUGCCGCUAUGACCUGUGCCAAGCGGGACAGGACGCUCAGCUCCGUGUCCUCCGUUGGAUCCAUCAACCCCGUUACGAUAAGAAGAAGCAGGAUUUUAUGGGGCGGUGGCUGGACGAACCCCGAAGGAUCCCAGGAACCAACGAGGGUGACUGCAGCCUGAUCCUGCCCCACAUCCGAGCCGACGAUGCCGGGACCUACGGGUUGAGGUUGGUGGCCUAUACCAGUCGUCGGCCUCAAAAAGAACUGCGGUGGAUGCACUAUGUCACCGUCAAUGUCACCGACACCCCUCCUGCCCCCCACCUCUGGCCGGACCCAGCCCCCCUCACCCAAGACCAGAAGAUCACCUUUGGGUGCUGGGUGCCCCCCGCCUGUCCUGAAGACACCCCCACCCUCACCUGGGAGGGACCCGUCACCAAGACAGCGGGGGUCCACGUGGGCACCUGGACCCCCCCGGAGACCGUCACGUCCCCCCCGGUUAUCGGCACCCUCUUGGCCUUUGAGCCCCUCUGGUACCAUGACGGGACCCUCCUCAAAUGCAUCUUUUGGGGGUCCGAUGGAAAGAACGUCACUCAGGUGUCCCGGCAGCUCCAGGUCAACUAUGCCCCGCGGGAUGUGCAGGUGGAGAUGGCGCCAUUGACCCCCAUCCGCGAGGGCCAGGAGGUGACGCUGCGCUGCCGGGACUCGGCCAAACCCCCGUCCUACACCUACAGCUGGAGCUUGGAGGGCCGGAUCCUGCCCCAUAGCACGGCCCAGGUCCACCUGCCGUCCAUCCAGGCCACAGACGGUGGCUCCUACCGCUGCCGGGCCACCAACACGGUGGGGACGAUGGAGUCACCUUCCACCACCCUUGAGGUCUACUACGCCCCACGGAACGUGUGGGUAGAGGUGACGCCACCGUCCCCCGUCCACGAGGACCAGGAGGUGACGCUGCGCUGCCGGGACUCCUCCAACCCCCCGCCCCACAACUACACCUGGAGCUGGGAGGGCCGGAUCCUGCCCCAUAGCACGGCCCAGGUCCUCCUACGUCCCAUCAAGGCCACGGGUGGUGGCUCCUACACCUGCCAGGCCACCAACCUCUUAGGGACGGCCAAGUCCCGCCCUACCACCCUUGAGGUCUACUACCCUCCCCGAACGGCCGCCUUGGAGGCCCUGACCUCUCUCCCGGCACUUGUGGGCACCCGCAUCACCCUACGCUGCGCCCUCGGCCCCGCCCACCCCGCGCCCUCCUCCGUCCAAUGGCUACGCAACGACCGCUGGGAGGCCGACACCCCCAGCUCCACCCUCAGCUUCGACGCCGACCCCGCCCGCGCCGGCACCUACCGUUGCAAUGGCCGAAAUGCCGCCGGCUCCGCCCUCUCCCCGCCACUGUCUGUCAUCGUCUGGUACCCCCCCAAGGCCGUACGGGUGCUGCAGAUCCCGAGGGGUCCGGUGGUGGCCGGGGAGGGCCUGGUACGACUUCACUGCCAGAUCGGAGCUGCCGAGCCCCCCAAAUUCACCGUCAGCUGGUUCAAGAACGGGCAGGAGUUGCCCGUACCUGACCUCGACCUGCUCCUCCCCGGCCCCGCGCCCGUCGACGCCGCUGCCUACGCCUGUCAGGCCCGGAACGACGCGGGGGUCACCCGCAGCCCCCCCGUCACCCUCGACGUCCGCUUCGGACCCCAGGGGGUCGAGCUGGUGCCGGAUCCGAGCCGACGGGUGCAGGAGAUGACCGACGUCACCCUACGGUGCCACGCCGACGCCCGCCCCCCGCCCAGCGACUUCGAGUGGUUUUGGGAAGGACGACCCCUUGGCCGGACCCCCGAGGGAUUGUGGGUACUCCCGGCGGUGGGGACCCACGCGUCCGGGCGAUAUCGGUGCCGCGUCACUAAUGACAUCGCCAGCGCUGAAUCUUCUGAUGUCAUCGUCACCGUCUACUACUCCACCACCACCAUCCUCCGAAAGACCUUCCUGGGUCUCGGUGUGGGGCUGAGCAUCCUCCUGGUGCUGGGCACCCUUGGGUGCUUCCUCCGCCGCCGGUGGCGGCGGCAGGUGGCAGCCGAUGAGGAACCCGUGGUAGAACCAUCAGGAACCUUCUUCCUCCGCAAUAAAAAGGUAGCCCACCCCCCACCCAUCCCGGACACCUGGGUGUCCCCUCCCGGACACCCGGGUCCUCAAGGUGCCACUUGA